GUGAUUCGAGAACGUCGUGUCUCUCCGUCGAUCGUGAAACUGCUCGAACGGAAAAGCAAAGCGGAGAAAAGCGGCUCGAACCUUGUGCUUGUCUUCUGCCAGCAGCGGACGGAUGACGAGGAUGAGCGGAUAGCGAAUAGCAAAUAGCGGAUGAACGGAUGAUGUCUCCGUCGCCACCACCACCACCACCACCAUCAGAAGAACUAACUGCAAACUCGAAAAACUAGCAGAAUAUACUCGUAAAUUCCACGCCAAGUGAAAUUGAAAGACGACAAGAAAAGAAAAGUGACAAACUCAACAGGUACAGGUCCACCGAAAACCAGUCGGAAGCUGCGCACAAAAAAUAAACAGGAGGAGGAAUACAUAGACACACGACAUUAUGUAUCGGCCAAAUUUCUACGAGUCGACUUGCCUGCGCUGCAGCGAGACCGUCUAUCAGGUGGAUCGUGUGGGGCCGCUCAAGGAUUUCACAUUCUUCCAUUCCGGUUGCUUCAAAUGCGUACACUGCGGCACCAAGCUGACGCUCAAAACGUAUUUCAAUAAUCAGCACAAGCAGGAUGACAAAGAGGUCUAUUGCAGUUCACAUGUACCAAAGAGCGGACCCGGCCAUCUCGACCAGACCUCGGUGGGGAUUCGUCAGGCCCUGAAUGCGCCGCGCACCAACAAAUUCGUGAACGAGCAGAUACGGGGCACUCGCAGCGAGAUCGAUGGUGGCCCACUGGGUGGCUCCCGGCAGUCCACGCCGAACGGCUAUGGUGGCCGGGAGGUCAGCUCUCCGUCGCAGAACGACUCCGACUACAAGUACGGACGGUUCGAUGCCAGUGCCCUCCACAUCGCCCAUGCCCUCAAGCAGACGGAGAUCCAGAAGGCCUACAACAAGGCGCGGGAGAAGCCGAUUGAUUUCUACCUGGCUCGCGAGGAACAGGCCCAUCUGGAGAUGAAGCAUCGCAAGGAAGAGGACGACCUGUACCGAAAGUUCGCCAGCAAGCGGGCCGAGGAGGAUCGCAAGAUCCAGGACGAGUUCCAGGACGAGUGGGAGCGCGAGCUGCAGCGGCUGACGCACAAGUUCGAGAAGGAGCUGGCCACCUCACGGCGCAGCCGGGACGAGGCCAAUAUCCUGACGAUGCGCCACGAGCAGCAGAAGGAGGACCUCGAAAAGAACAUGACCCUGCGGCGCAGCAAGAAGAAGGAGAGCAUCACCCGCAAGAUGCUGGAGCACGAGCGGUACGAGACCGCCGCCCUGGUGGAUCGCCAAUCCAGCGAGAUGCUGGAGCUGAUCAGCGCCCGGCGAUCGGAGUACAUGCAGAGCGAGAGCAUCUUCCUGGACGACGAGUUCAGCGAGGGCGCCGUACCUGUCGAGUAUCCGCUCAAUGCCCCGAUUCCUGCUCCGCCGGCGGUCAGCAAGUUCCAGAUCUACACCGAUCCCGUGGAGUUCGAGGACGUCGAUCGCAUCGCCAUCUCGGUGGCCCAGGAGGACCAAAAGACUUUCACCGACCUGGUGCGCCAGCUGGUUGGCCGCUGCACCACGGACAUUGAGAAGGCCCGCACGAUCUUCCGCUGGAUCACGGUCAAGAACCUGAACGCCAUGCACUUCGACGACGAUUUGCGGGGCGACACGCCCAUGGGUCUGCUGCGUGGCAUCAAGUACGGUACGGAGAGCUAUCAUGUUCUGUUCAAGCGGCUCUGCAGCUACGCCGGUCUCCACUGCGUCGUCAUCAAGGGAUAUUCGAAGAGCGCAGGCUACCAGCCGGGUGUCAAGUUCCAGGACUCCCGUUUCCGCAACUCCUGGAAUGCGGUCUACGUGGCCGGCGCCUGGCGCUUCGUUCAGUGCAACUGGGGGGCCCGUCACCUGGUCAACGCCAAGGAGGCGCCCAAACAGGGACGCGGCAAGAACGACAGUCUGCGUUACGAAUACGAUGAUCACUACUUUCUCACGGAUCCGCGCGAAUUCAUAUACGAGUUCUAUCCUCUGCAGGAGGAAUGGCAGCUGCUGAAGCGUCCCAUUACUUUGCGGGAAUUCGAGAAUCUGCCCUUCGUCCGUUCGCUUUUCUUCCGCUACGGACUUCACUUUGCGGACGAGGGAUAUGGAGCUGUGGUGUUCACCGAUGACACUGGAGCCGCCACCGUGCGCAUCGCCAUGCCCACGGAUAUGCAGAGCUGCCUGAUCUUCCAUUACAAUCUCAAGUUUUACGACAGCGACGAGGAGCUCUCCUACGAUGGGGUAUCUUUAAAACGAUUCGUGAUGCAGUCGGUGAUUGGGAACAUCGUUGCCUUCCGAGUGCAUGCUCCAUGCUCUGGCGCCUUCUUGCUGGACAUCUUUGCCAAUGCGGUGACGCCGCAGGAGUACCUAACCGGCGAACCCAUGAAGUUUAAGUCGGUGUGCAAGUUUAAGAUUUGCUGCGAGGAGCUGCAGACGGUGAUGGUGCCACUGCCCGAUUGCGCCAGUGGCGAGUGGGGGCCCACGAAGGCCACCCGGCUAUUCGGACUCAUACCCAUCACGCAUCAGGAUCCGCUUAUCUUCGCCGGACGCAGCCUGGACCUGCAAUUCCGCAUGUCGCGUCCGCUGACAGAUUUUAUGGCCACGCUGCACAAGAAUGGCAUCGAGGAGAAGAAGCUGGCCAAGUAUGUGACUCACAGCACGCUGGACGACAUUGUCACGUUCAUCAUUAACUUCCCUGAGGAGGGUCAGUAUGGUCUGGACAUAUACACGCGUGAAUUGGGCGCCCCUCAGCACCAUCAUCACCACAACAAUAACAACUCCUCAUCCUCGUCCGGCGAGAAACAUUUGUUGACGCACUGCUGUAAAUAUUUAAUCAACUCGUCCAAGCGGAAUUAAGUCGGUUGAGUGGACCGGACGCUGGGAUGGUUUCCUCGUCGCGUCCAAGGAGGCGGAGCCACUCUGCGCAAACACAAACAAAAUGCAAUAUUAAUUAUAGUCUUCACUUAAGUGGAAACCUAACAAACGUUUACCACAUCACAAAAUCCAUUAUGCAGGUGCUAAAAGAAAGGAAAAAUCAAAAGCAAUCCAGCAAUCUGGCCAAUCACGGCUUAAUCUGAUCACGAUGAACACUGAUAAUGAACGAUAAUUUUGCUCAACCAUUCGGCAAGUCGGCAUUCGGAACUUGUAAAUACUCUAGACUCUAAUCAUUAGACCUAAAAGAUGCCUAGUAAUACCAACCCUAAAAUCAGCUCUUAAUUAAUUUGUACAUCUACUGAAUAAUGCUUAAUAAUUUAUUACAUAAACGCAACGUUGCCCCUUUAUGCAUGAACUUUAUAUUAUACAUAUAAAUAUAUAUAUUACUUUGAUUUAAAAUGUUUAAUGUUUUUGUUUAAGCGUUCAUAAUGUGUGAAUAAAACCUUAUUAUACAAA